AAGCAGCAGCUACAGAUACUGAAGGAACGUUUCCAGGCCUUUUUGAACGGGGAGACACAAAUUGUAGCAGAUGAAGCGUUUUGCAAUGCAGUGCGAAGUUACUAUGAGGUAUUUCUCAAGAGUGACCGGGUUGCAAGAAUGGUCCACAGUGGAGGAUGUUCUGCAAAUGACUUUAGAGAUGUUUUUAAGAAAAACAUAGAAAAGAGGGUCCGAAGUUUGCCAGAAAUCGAUGGAUUAAGCAAAGAAACAGUGUUAAGUUCAUGGCUAGCCAAAUACGAUGCCAUUUACAGGGGAGAAGAGGACUUUUGCAAACAGCCGAAUAGAAUGGCCUUAAGUGCUGUAUCGGAGCUGAUUCUGAGCAAGGAACAGCUUUAUGAAAUGUUUCAGCAGAUUCUAGGGAUCAAAAAAUUGGAACACCAGUUGAUUUAUAAUGCCUGCCAAUUGGAUAAUGGAGAUGAGCAAGCAGCCCAGAUCAGACGUGAACUAGAUGGACGACUACAACUGGCAGAACAAAUGGCAAGGGAAAGAAAAUUCCCCAAAUUUGUAACAAGAGAAAUGGAAAAUAUGUACAUAGAAGAAUUGCGGUCUUCGGUGAAUUUGCUGAUGGCAAAUUUGGAAAGUCUUCCAGUGUCUAAAGGUGGGCCAGAAUUUAAACUGCAGAAGUUAAAGCGAUCACAGAACUCUGCAUUCUUGGACAUAGGAGAUGAAAAUGAGGUUCAGCUGUCGAAGUCUGAUGUGGUCCUCUCCUUCACAUUAGAGAUUGUCAUAAUGGAGGUACAAGGUUUAAAGUCGGUCGCUCCCAAUCGAAUUGUCUACUGCACCAUGGAAGUGGAAGGGGGCGAGAAGCUUCAGACGGACCAAGCAGAAGCUUCCAGGCCACAAUGGGGAACUCAAGGGGAUUUCACCACUACUCACCCUCGGCCUGUUGUCAAAGUAAAACUGUUUACAGAAAGCACUGGGGUGCUGGCACUUGAAGAUAAAGAACUGGGAAGAGUAGUGUUGUAUCCAACAUCCAAUAGCCCAAAGUCACCUGAUCUGCAUAAAAUGAUAGUCCCCAAAAACAGCCAAGACAGUGACUUGAAAAUUAAACUGGCGGUGAGAAUGGAUAAACCACCUCACAUGAAGCACUGUGGAUAUUUGUACGCUCUAGGACAGAAGGUUUGGAAGCGGUGGAAAAAACGCUACUUUGUUCUUGUUCAGGUUAGCCAAUACACAUUUGCAAUGUGCAGUUACAGAGAAAAGAAAUCUGAGCCUCAGGAACUGAUGCAACUUGAAGGAUACACUGUGGAUUAUACAGCUCCUCACACAGGUCUUCAGGGUGGUCGAAUGUUUUUCAAUGCUGUUAAAGAAGGCGAUACUGUGAUAUUCGCCAGUGACGACGAGCAGGAUAGAAUACUCUGGGUUCAAGCCAUGUACAGAGCCACAGGUCAAUCGUAUAAGCCUAUUCCUGCAAGUCAAGCUCAGAAGAUGAAUCCUAAAGGAGGAAAUGUCAACACAGGUAUAUCCCCACUUUCUGGCAAAGAUACAGAUCGUGGUCAGAAACAUGGCAUGGAUGAGUUUAUUUCUGCUAAUCCCUGCAAAUUUGACCAUGCUUCCCUCUUUAGACUGCUUCAGAGGCAGACCUUGGAUCACAGAUUGAAUGACUCCUAUUCUUGUUUGGGUUGGUUUAGCCCAGGUCAAGUCUUCGUAUUAGAUGAAUACUGUGCUCGCUACGGAGUGAGAGGCUGUCACCGCCAUCUUUGCUAUCUCAAUGAAUUGAUUGAACAUUCAGAAAAUGGUUCUGUCAUUGAUCCAACCUUGCUCCACUACAGUUUUGCAUUUUGUGCUUCUCAUGUUCACGGUAACAGGCCAGAUGGAAUUGGAACAGUAUCUGUUGAAGAAAAAGAAAGGUUUGAGGAAAUUAAGGACAGACUUUCCUCCCUUUUAGAAAACCAAAUAAGCCAUUUCAGAUACUGUUUCCCUUUCGGACGUCCUGAAGGAGCUUUAAAAGCCACACUUUCAUUACUUGAAAGGGUUUUAAUGAAAGAUAUUGCCACUCCCAUACCAGCAGAAGAGGUGAAGAAAGUGGUUAGAAAAUGUCUGGAGAAGGCUGCCUUGAUCAAUUACACUCGACUUACAGAAUAUGCCAAAAUAGAAGCAACAGCAGAAAAGGACUCAGAGACCAUGAACCAAGCAACACCUGCUAGAAAACUGGAAGAGGUUCUUCACCUUGCAGAACUCUGUAUCGAAGUAUUGCAGCAAAAUGAAGAACAUCAUUCCGAGGGAAGAGAGGCAUUCGCUUGGUGGCCAGAAUUAUUGGCUGAGCAUGCAGAGAAGUUUUUGUCUCUUUAUUCUGUUGAUAUGGAUUCAGCACUUGAGGCACAGCCGCAGGACUCCUGGGACAGCUUCCCACUUUUCCAGCUGCUGAAUAACGCCCUCAGAAAUGACACGUUUUUGUGCAAUGGAAAGUUUCACAAGCAUUUGCAAGAAAUUUUUGUUCCCAUGGUCAUCCGCUACAUCGAUCUCAUGGAGUCAUCAAUUGCCCAGUCCAUUCACAGAGGUCUUGAACAAGAGUCAUGGCAACCUGUCAAGAGCAUCACCAACAGUCUUCCUAAUGUAGCUCUUCCAAAAGUUCCAAGUUUGACUCUUAAUCUUCCACAAAUACCUAGCUUUACUACACCAACCUGGAUGACUUCUUUGUAUGACUCCACCAAUGGCUCAGCUACAUCAGAAGAUCUUUUCUGGAAACUGGAUGCUCUGCAGAUGUUUGUUUUUGAUCUUCACUGGCCAGAACCAGAAUUUGCACACCAUUUAGAGCAGAGACUUAAACUCAUGGCCACUGACAUGAUAGAAGCCUGCGUUAAAAGGACAAGAAUUGCAUUUGAACUCAAGCUGCAAAAGACAAACAAAUCAACAGACUUGCGUAUCCCUUCUUCUCUGUGUACAAUGUUUAAUGUCUUAGUUGAUGCCAAAAAACAGACAGCUAAACUCUGCAUACUGGAUGGGGGACAAGAGUUUGAUAGUCAAUGGCAACAAUACCAUUCAAAAAUAGAUGACUUGAUUGAAGAAACUGUUAAAGAAAUUAUUUCACUUCUUGUUUCAAAGGUUGUUUCAGUGUUAGAAGGUGUGCUGUCUAAACUGUCAAGAUACGACGAAGGCACUUUCUUCUCAUCAUUAGUUUCAUUCACUGUGAAAGCAGCUGCAAAAUAUGUUGACGUUCCCAAACCAGGGAUGGAUCUGGCAGAUACCUACAUUAUGUUUGUUCGACAAAACCAGGAUAUACUUCGAGAAAAGGUCAAUGAGGAAAUGUACAUAGAGAAGUUAUUUGAUCAAUGGUAUAGCAGCUCCAUGAAAGUCAUAUGCAUGUGGUUGGCUGAUAGAUUAGACCUUCAGCUUCACAUCUACCAGCUGAAGACUCUCAUCAAGAUAGUGAAGAAAACCUACCGCGACUUCAGGUUGCAAGGCGUGCUGGAGGGAACGCUGAACAGUAAAACCUACGACACCGUUCACAGCCGCUUGACCGUAGAGGAAGCCACAGUCUCAGUCACGGAUGCGGGAGGACUUCAGGGCAUUACUAUGAAAGACAGUGACGAGGAGGAAGGAUGA